ACAAAUAUCUCUACCACAUGCGGCUGUCAGAGGAGACCCUUCAGGAGGUGUCCCAACGCUUCCGGAAGGAGAUGGAGAAGGGUCUUGGAGCGGACACCAACCCCACCGCCUCGGUGAAAAUGCUGCCCACCUUCGUGAGGUCCACCCCGGAUGGGACAGGUACCACGAGACGGGAGCUGCUCCCUCGCGGCGGAGCAGGGCCGAGACCUCAGCCAACUCACUUGUCUCCACGCCUCGGUUUCCCCAUCCGUAAGCUGGGGCAGAUGUUUGACCUGCUCUCGCUAAGAGACCUCGGCUUUUGGCCAGAGGUUUCCAACUCAAGCGAGUGCUGUGGCCUGAAACUUUGGCCGCGCUCGGGCAUGCCUCGGUUUCCCCAUCCAGGUUUCCAACUCAAGCGAGUGCUGUGGCCUGAAACUUUGGCCGCGCUCGGGCACAGAAACGCUCGCCGAUACCUCACUGCGCGGCAGUUGUCUCCACGCAGCGGAGGAGCAGACCUGGCCGGCAGAGCGGGGAGAGGGAAGCCCAGCAUCCUCGUAACAUGGACGAAGGGAUUCAAGUGCAGCGGCGUGGAAGGCAAAGACGUGGUCUCAAUGCUGCGCAGAUCCAUCAAGAAACGAGGGGACUUUGACAUAGACAUCGUCUCUGUGGUGAACGACACGGUUGGGACCAUGAUGACCUGUGGUUAUGACGAUCAUAACUGCGAAGUUGGCCUCAUCAUUGGUACCGGUACCAACGCCUGUUACAUGGAGGAGAUGAGACACAUUGACCUGGUGGAAGGGGACGAAGGCCGGAUGUGCAUCAACAUGGAGUGGGGGGCCUUCGGCGACGACGGCGCGCUAAACGACAUCAGGACCGAGUUUGACCACGAGAUAGACAUGGGCUCGCUCAACCCUGGCAAACAAUUGUUUGAGAAGAUGAUCAGUGGUAUGUACAUGGGAGAGCUGGUCCGACUCAUCCUAGUGAAGAUGAGUAAGGAAGGGCUCUUGUUCAGCGGGAGGCUCACACCAGAUCUGCUCACUACCGGCCACUUCGAGACCAGAUACGUCUCUGCUAUUGAGAAGGAGAAAGAAGGGCUACAGAAAGCCCAUGAGAUCCUCACCAAGCUGGGCUUGGAGCCAUCUGAUGAAGACUGUGUGGCCACUCACCGCAUCUGCCAGAUCGUCUCCACCCGCUCAGCCAGCCUGUGCGGGGCCACCCUGGCAGCCGUGUUGCAACGCAUUAAGGAGAACAAGGGGCUGGACCGGCUGCGGUCCACCGUCGGGGUGGAUGGCUCUGUCUACAAGAAGCACCCUCACUUUGCCCGGCGCCUCCAUAAGACAGUGCGGAAGCUGCUGCCGGACUGCGACAUCCGGUUCGUGAGGUCGGAAGACGGGAGCGGCAAAGGGGCAGCCAUGGUGACGGCUGUGGCCUACAGACUGGCCGCCCAGCACAAGGCGCGGCAGAAGACUUUGGAGGCCCUCAAACUAAGCCACGAGAAGCUCCUGGAGGUGAAGCAAAGGAUGAGGCUGGAGAUGGAGAAGGGGCUGGGCAAGGAGACCCAUGCAGAGGCCACAGUGAAAAUGCUGCCCACCUACGUGUGCUCAACUCCAGAUGGGACAGAAAAAGGAGAUUUCCUGGCCCUGGACCUGGGAGGGACCAAUUUCCGUGUGCUGCUGGUACGCGUGCGGAAUGGGAUGAGGCGGGGUGUGGAGAUGCACAACAAGAUCUACUCCAUCCCAUUGGAUAUCAUGCAGGGGACAGGAGAGGAGCUCUUCGACCACAUCGUCCACUGCAUCUCCGACUUCCUGGAGUACAUGGGAAUGAAGGGUGUAUCGCUCCCACUCGGAUUCACGUUCUCCUUCCCUUGCCAGCAGACCAACCUGGAUGAGGGGAUUCUUCUGAAGUGGACAAAGGGUUUCAAGGCCACCGGCUGUGAAGGAGAAGACGUAGUGAACCUGCUGAAGGAGGCAAUUCACAGGAGAGAGGAGUUCGACCUGGAUGUCGUCGCUGUGGUAAAUGACACGGUCGGCACCAUGAUGGCCUGUGGGUACGAAGAUCCGUAUUGUGAAGUCGGGCUGAUAAUUGGCACAGGCAGCAACGCCUGUUACAUGGAGGAGAUGAGGAACGUGGAGCUGGUGGAAGGGGAGGAGGGCAGGAUGUGCGUGAACAUGGAGUGGGGGGCGUUUGGCGACAACGGGUGUUUGGACGACGUGCGGACAGAAUUUGACGUGGCGGUGGAUGAGCUGUCUCUCAACCCUGGCAAGCAAAGGUUUGAGAAGAUGAUCAGCGGGAUGUACUUGGGGGAGAUUGUCCGAAACAUCCUGAUAGAUUUUACCAAGCGAGGGCUGCUCUUCCGGGGACGCAUCUCAGAGAGGCUGAAGACCAGGGGGAUCUUUGAGACCAAGUUCCUGUCCCAGAUAGAAAGCGACUGCCUGGCCCUGCUCCAAGUGCGCUCCAUCCUCCAACACCUCGGCCUGGAGAGCACGUGCGAUGACAGCAUCAUCGUGAAGGAGGUGUGCACAGUGGUGGCCCGGCGGGCAGCUCAGAUGUGCGGGGCCGGCAUGGCAGCCGUGGUGGACAAGAUCCGGGAGAACCGUGGGCUGGACUUCCUCAAGGUCACGGUCGGCGUGGACGGCACGCUCUACAAGCUGCACCCUCACUUCUCCACUGUCAUGCACGAAACAGUGAAGCAGUUGUCCCCAAAGUGUGAAGUGACCUUCCUGCAAGGCGCCAGCGGCAAGGGCGCAGCGCUCAUCGCGGCGGUGGCCUGCCGGAUCCGGGAGGCCGGCCAGCGAUAGGAGGAAGGAGGUUUGCUGAAAAGCUUGGUUUCAGCAAAGCAGAGGACGUUUCCCCCUGCUGUCCCCUCUCUCCCUUCCUCUGUACGCCCACCCACCCACGUGCACCUUCCCCUUGCAAGCAGCCCCUUAGCUUUCCCGGUUCUCUCGCGAUACCGCCAGCGGCACUGGAGAUGCUGCGCGCUCUGCCUAAAGCGUCGUCUUAGGAGUUUGACUGCAUGCCGUAAAACCGUGUAUCGAGUAAAGCGCCAAGCGUCUUCUGGCCGCGUACCUACAUCUCCAGUCAGAGCGGGACCUGUUUCGCUUGCAGCCUACCUUACGCGCCAGCUCUCCGCCCCGUAUCUCCCAACCGCCCUCACGCCUUCCCUGGCAGCAGCAAAGCUAAUGCUAAAAUAAUUGCGAUUCUGCAUUGUCACUUUACAGUAACCAGUACCUAUUUAUAUAUGUCAGAGUCGUCGUGUCCGUGCUCUAGAAAGCAAACCUCUUUAAGAUUGGGCUAAAGACCUCCAUUAGUCUUUUACCCUGAUCAAGGCUGUAUUAUUUCCAUGAAAGUCAUGGUCGCUCUCAAAGCACAGGGUGCAGAACUAGAAGCUGCGCGUUCGGCGGCUGCACCGAGAGAUACCGGGUAUCUCUGCGCAGAGCAGGGAGCAAUAUUAAAGAAGCUGCUGGAUGCCAGUUAGAGGCUCCCCUUUAACUGCUCCGGCGGAGCACGUGCCUGGAAAUAACUGGGGACUCAGGGUCUAAUCCCAUUUCCCGACCUCUCGCCCCUGCCCUAAGCGUAGUAGCGUAACGUGUGCGUGUGGUUUGGGUCGCCCCUGGAGCCCACUAGCCCCCUGGCCCGGUGCGCGGGCAGCUGCAGAGAGCCACCAGCACGAUGCGGUGGUCCCCUCCCGGCGCGUACGUCCUGGGUGGGCGGCUGCAGCUCAGGUGAGGAGUUUGGUUUGCUUUUUUUCUUGUGUCUGUGAAAUAGCUCCGUCUGCAGUCUCUUAGGUGACAUCUGCUUUUGUCCGCUCUGUAUUUGUGUUUCAAGAGCUUUGUGUCUUUUUAUGUAGGUAGUCUCGGCCGCGGGGGGGGUGGUUAUAGCGCUUAGCUUUGACUUCAUCUCUUAACGUCGCUUAAGAACGGCGCAGAGUACUUGUUUGUUUUUUUUUUUCUCCUUUUUUUUUUUUUAAUUUAAAUUUUUCUCGGGGCAGACUGGAAAAAGAGACCCAAAAUUCCCAAGGACAGUUAUGCGAGGAGCUCAGGCUUUCUCAAGUUCUCACUGGAACGAAACGGCAGCCCGAGGGCCAGGGACGCGAUGCGCUGGCGCCGGGGAGGCAGGGGACACGGGAGCUGGUUAUGUCCGGGCCCGAUCCUGCGCGCUGUUGCAUGUAUAACCGGCAACACCGUGCACAAGCUGUC